AUGUUGUUUGCGACACUCUUCGUGCUUGCUGUGACUUUAAUACCGAAGUUCACCAGUGCUGAAGAAAAAAUCAAAACUCCGUCUUACAAAUGGCCACCGCCAUCCUACAGUUAUAUGGCCAAAUACGCAAAAGCAGCAGUUACAAGUGAUCACGGAAUAUGCAGCGAAUUUGGAAGGAAUAUUCUCCUUCGUGGCGGUAAUGCAGCUGAUGCAUCAAUUGCGUCUCUGUUUUGCUUGGGAAUCACGAAUCCACAAAGUAGCGGUCUUGGUGGUGGCUUUAUUAUGACAUUAUACAAUAGAACCACAAAACGGUGUUAUGUAGUGGACGCUCGUGAAACUGCUCCCGGAAAAGCGCACCGAGAUAUGUUUCUUAACGACGAAACUGGCUCUAAAUACGGAUAUCGUGCCAUGGCAGUUCCUGGCGAAUUGUCUGGUUACUGGUUAGUGUAUAAAAAAUUUGGGAGUGGGAAAGUGCCGUGGUAUGAUUUGGUUAAACCAGCGAUUGAUUUGGCUCGCAAUGGUGUUCCAGUUUCUGAAUAUUUAGCCCAUGUUUUUACUGUCAAGGAAAGACAUUUUCGAUCUUUCUCUUCAAUGAACGGCUGGAUAAAUGAGAAAACCAACCGGACCUAUGUGGCUGGUGAUUUGAUAAAGCGGCUGGAACUUGCCAAUGCCCUGGAAGAAAUUGCAAAAAGUGACGAUCCAGAAGAACUUUUCUACCGAGGUAAAAUGGCAAAGACGAUCGUUGAGGAGAUUCAAGCAAACGGCGGUAUUAUGACUAUAGAGGACAUGGCCAACUUCAAGGCUAAGCUUUAUGAACACCCGCUGGUAAAUGAUCAUUUUGCUGACGACUUGGCGAUGUGUGGGCCACCACCGCCAGGAUCGUUCGCUGUGACACAACUAAUUGUUGACAUGAUGGCAAGAUUUUAUGGACCGUUAUCAGACAAAAGCAUUCUUUCCUCUGAUCCUGAAUUCUACCACCGCUUUAUCGAAGCCCAAAAGUUCGCAUACGCUCAGCGUACACUUAUGGGAGACGAAGCCUUCGUAGAAUCUGCUAGAAUUCUCGCUGAAAAAAUGACUACUAAAAACUAUGCAGAUGAAAUUUUCAAAAAGUUUCGUUCACGAGCACAGGAUUCGGCCUACUAUGGUGGCGUAAACCAAACACUGCCACCUGAUCAUGGGACAUCGCACGUAUCAGUUCUUGACGAAUAUGGCAACGGUGUUUCUGGAACGACUACUGUAAACCGUUGGUUCGGUGCCAGUGUGCAAUCAGACAAAUAUGGGAUAGUCUGGAAUGAUGAAAUGGACGACUUUUCCACUCCAGGUAUGCCAAAUGGCUUCGGGUUUGCCCCAUCAGAAACCAACUUUAUUGAACCAGGGAAGAAACCGAUGAGCAGCAUGAGUCCUAUAGUAAUCUACAAAAAAAGUACAGGCGAUGUAAUAAUUAUACUAAGUUCAAUAAGAUUACUUCGUAUGGUGAUUGGUGCCUCUGGAGGGUCGAAAAUCAUUUCUGCAUUAGCAAAACCAAUUGUGCGGGUGCUGUUUUUCAACGAAACGAUUAAAGAAGCUAUUGAUGCCCCGACAUUACACAAUCAGUUUACACCUGAUAUUACUCAAUUUGAUCAAGUUCCAGAGAAGUUAUUAGAAGAUUUGGAGAAGAAAUACGGCCAAAAGUUUAAACCAACUACCGGAUUUGAAGGUAUUGUACAGGGCAUUGAUAUUACCGAUCAUGGAAUCUACGUUAACGGAGAUUACAGACGGAAAGCUGAUCAACAUCCUGGCGGCUAUUAA